GUCUUUAGCGUUCAUUGUGAUGUCAUAGUGUCGUCCCAUUGCAAAUCGCGUUGCUAACCUUAACAACUAGCGCAUUGAACAUAUUAGACCUGCAUAUAACUUAAGAAACUUUAAGUUAGGUGGAUUUCUCAGCUUUAACGAAUGGCAAUGGCGACUCCAGAAAAACGACUAGAGUGGAAAGUCGGUCUGCAGAAUCCAGUUGAUAAGUUCCUUACUGCGGAAACCUAUGGGCACAAGGUCAACGUUUCUGGAGCAUCGCUGAAGGUAAAACAAACAUGGGUUCUCGAACUGAACAAAGACGAGACCGUAUACAUUCGGAGUCAUCUCGGACUCUACCUAACGGCAGACAAGUUCGGCAAUGUGUCCUGUUCAAGCGAGAGUCAUGGAGAGGACGAGAAAUUUAUGGUGGAGUAUGCCAGCGACGGGACUGGACGAUGGAGCUUCAAACACCCCAAGUUUGGGAAAUACCUUGGUGGGACGGAUGAGGAUAUCCAGUGUCUAGCCAAGGUGGCCUCUGACGAGGACAUGUCGCUCUGGUACGUGCCCAUGGCGAUGCACCCACAAAUAACGCUGUUUAAUGUUAACCGGAAGCGGUAUGUAAAACUGGACAACAAUGAAUUACGAUGUAUUCAAUUGACCCCUUGGGGACCGGAAGCUUUGAUAACGCUUGAGUUUAAAUGUGGAAAGUACGCAUUUAAAACAGCUGACUCACGUUAUCUCACACAUACGGGUCACUUGACAGAUGAACAUGGAAAAAACACGAAAUUUUCCCUUGAGUUAAAACUCAGUGCUGACUCAGAUUUGGCAGGACUGGCAUUCAAAGACUGCGAGGGGAAAUACCUGACGGCGUACGGAGGAUCGGGUGUCCUCAAAACAAGGAACAAGAUCGUCAGUCGGGACGAACUCUUUUCUCUCAUGGAAAGUCAUCCCCAGGUCAUAUUUAUUGCGAGUAACGGCAAGCAAGCGUCUAUCCGACAAGGGCUGGAGGUGACGGCCUCUCAGGCGGAGACGGGGGAGAAGGAGAUAUUUCAGAUUGAGUACAUCAAGAAAACAAAGAAGUGGUCCGUCUACACCACUGAAGGCAAGUACUGGAGGCUGGAUAACAAUGGAUCCAUAAUCGCUGACGUCACUUCCGCUGAUGAAAAUUGUCAGUUCGACCUCACAUGGCAGAAGGAUGGAACUGCUGUGAUCAAAUGGAGUAAUGGGAAGUAUUUACUUCAUCGAGGGACGGGGGCCCUGAUCGCGAACAGUGACACCAUUAGUGAAAAGGAAAUGUUUGUGAUACGAGUUGUAAACCGACCGGUUUUAGUGUUGAAAGGUGAAAACGGUUACCUGUCCAUGAUAUCUUCCGGUUCUUGUACAACAAGAUACGCGUGCAACAAGUCAACUUAUGACGUACUGCAGCUAGAGCGCGGACCGGGAGGGGCGUACUUCGUGAAGGGCGAAAACAGCAAAUACUGGACACUGGGGCCAGACAACUCCGUCCAGGCGGAUAGUGCCACGCCCAUCCCCUUUAUUUUUGAGUUUAAUGGUGACUCUGAGAUAACGAUCCGAGCUCCAAAUGAUAUGUACCUCAAGGGAGAGAAGAGCGGAGGAUUCGCAGCGAACUCACCAGAACCUAGGAAAGACUGUGUUUUACGGUUUUAAACGAAUUGAUACAGAUUUCUCAUCCAUGUGGUGUGGAGUGAUGGAGUACCACGAUGGCUUUUUAGAAGUUGUUCCAGUACUGAAAUAACUGUAUAUUUUAAGCAGACCCAUAUAUAUGUAGUGUAUAUGAUGCGCUUGAAAAUUCAAUAAAGACUAUUGCAGCCAUGUAAAAUA